GUGAAGGCAUUGGGCUUCUUUACCCUUCACUGCAACUUCCUUGCAACAGCAUCUCAUCUCUUCAUAAUUUCCCAUUUUUUUCUUUAUUUUUUCCCCUUUCGACAGCUUCUGAAAUCGAGUGCUGUCUUUUCCUCUUCAUGUGAUCGAUUCUUUUGGGACUAAAAGAUGGUGGCAGAGUCUUGGUUUCGUAGUAUUUGGAAAAUUCCGCGGAGGCAUGAGGGAAUUUCCGAGAAAGUCGAAAUCGGAGUAUUAGCAUUCGAAGUUGCGAGCUUGAUGUCUAAGCUUGUGCAUCUCUGGCAGUGUUUGAGUGAUAAACAGGUUGUUAGGUUGAGAGAGGAAAUAACAAAUUCUGUGGGGAUUAAAAAGCUUGUGUCCGAAGACGAGGAAUAUAUCGGACGCCUGAUAUGUGCGGAAAUGGUUGAAAAUAUUACUCAUGUGUCGAAGUCUGUAUCUAGGCUUGCGAAGAAAUGUCGUGAACCGGGGUUGAAGAGUUUUGAACUUGUCUUCACCGAGUUGGUCCAGAUGUGUGUCGACCCUUACGGUUGGAUAUUUUCGUCAAAGAAGAUGGACAAGAAGGUUAAGAAGAUGGAACGCUUCAUUUCAGUGAAUGCAACUUUGUAUCAAGAGAUGGAACUGCUUGCGGAUCUUGAGCAAACACUAAGGAGGAUGAAAAGCAGUGAUUCAGCACCGGAGAAUUUGCUCGAAUUUCAGAGGAAGGUUAUGUGGAAGCAGCACGAAGUGAAGAACCUACGGGCGAACUCUCUUUGGAACAAGACUUAUGAUUAUACGAUUUGCCUUUUAGCAAGAUCAAUAUUCACAAUAUUCGGCAGGAUCAAACAUGUCUUCGGAGUUGAACACAGUGUAGAUGUUGGGGAUUCGAAGGUGAUGAGUUCGGAUUUUAUGCAUCGCAGCCAAUCAGUUUCUGCCGUAAUGCAUUCUUUGGUUCAUCCAAUGGAAAACACUGGCCUUCCUAGAUUUUCUUCAGGCCCUUUAGGGACUUAUAGCACUAAAUCAGGACCGAUACCAACACCAAAUAAAACAAAUUAUUUCCAUUUGGGACCUCUUGGUGGCUCAACCACAAAAUCAGGCUCUAUUUCUGGAAAGAAUGGAAAUUUCAACUUCCAUUCAGGUCCGCUUGGGAGGCCUGCAGGAAGGUCUGGACAACUUUUUGGAAUGAAUAAAUUAAGCCAGAUUUGGCAGACUAAUAGCCACUCGGCUGCUGCUAUCAGAAGGAAAUCGCAUUUGAAAAACAAUAGAUUGACUCAAGUGGGACCUUUUAAAGGAUGCAUGGUAGCUGUUGACAGUGGUGCCAUUGGAAAUUGUUAUGUAAGUUCAAAUGGCAUUCAUUCGGGAAUUCUGAAUGGAACCAAAGAUGGAAAUCUUAAUCUUACUGAAAGAAAUGCUGCUCAGAGUAGUUCAUCGGUGUUCAGAUCUCAAUGCCGGUUGUUGGAUGCUCCUGCUGAAACUCUCGGUGCUUCUGCUUUAGCAUUGCACUAUGCGAAUGUUAUCAUUGUAAUCGAGAAGUUAGCAGCAUCUCCUCAUUUGAUUGGUCAUGAUGCACGAGAGGAUCUGUACAACAUGUUACCAGCAAGUGCAAGAGCGGCUCUGAGGGUGAGACUAAAGCCAUAUGCAAAGAGCUUAGCGUCAUCGGUUUAUGAUAUGGAGCUUGCUGGAGAAUGGACUGACGCAAUGUCUUCCAUAUUAGAGUGGUUGGCACCACUAGCUCAUAACAUGAUUAGAUGGCAAUCUGAACGGAGUUUUGAGCAGCAGAACUUUGUUUCCCGAACUAAUAUGCUUCUGGUGCAGACACUCUACUUUGCAAAUCGGGAAAAGACGGAAGCAGCAAUCAUUGAGAUUCUUGUUGGCCUUAAUUAUGUCUGGAGACAUGGGAGAGAACUUAAUGCUAAGGCAUUGCAAGAACGUGCAGGCAGUAGAAUAUCUGAUGGAUGUUUGGAUCUCGGGAAGUGAAGUUCUUUAACCUCUGUUGCGGUAUGAUAUCACCACGUAUCAGUGGUAUCGGGUUGAAUUUGGGCUAGAUUCUGUUUCCAGCGAGCAAUCGUCAUCUCUGUUCAGUUACCUGCAUGAUCAAAGAUGAAAGAAUUAUCCAACCUACCCGUGAAAUACAAGCCAAAAGCAUUCUUUAUUGGGUCAGGUAUAGUUUGAGCUUUGCAGGUGAUCUAGUUUCGAAGAUUCCUCGUGAUACCCUUUUUAUAGUUAAGCAAAUUAUCGGCGAAAUGUGUAUUUUAAUUAGCAAUAUGGAUACCCUUUGAAAUUAAUUGUAUAUUUACCAUAUACGCUGUUUAUCCACCAAUUUAUGUUACGAGUGCCACUUGGUUGAGUGUUCUUUUA